UUGAACAUCUUCCCUUGUCUUCACUUGUAAAUUAUGGUUUGCCCUCGAGUUUGUCAUCUCUUACCUCUCUUCUCCAAGUAAAUCAUAUGUUGCUGUGAUGUAAUUUAAGCAUCAUUUACAUUCACUGAUGGAUCAGUUUACCAUUAAGAUGGAGGUCUUUGAACACUUUAUGAUGAACACUUUUGUCUACUGAAUUUUUACCAAAGUUUUUAUAGCUUUAUCUUUCUUUUAAUCAACAUUCCAAGAUAAAACGCGGCAAUAUGCUAAGUGAACACAAUUCAUCAAUAAACAUGGAUAAAAACAUCAGAUAUAAUUGUGAAAAAGACUAUGAUGAAAUUGAUGAUGACGGUGAUGAUUAUGCCACUCCAAUGGUACAUAAUUACGAGCUUUGUCGGUCACGUUUAACUUUAGACAAGAUUAUCGGAGAAGGACAAUUCGGUGACGUAUACCGAGGCACUUAUCGAACAUUAGACGAUUCUCUUCUGGCUGUCGCUGUGAAGACAUGUAAGUCGGAGAGUGAAAAAACUAUGGGAGAAAGCUUUUUAGAGGAAGCUUACAUCAUGAAACAAUUUGACCACAAACAUAUCAUUCGACUAAUUGGAAUAUGCUCAGAAUCUCCUUACUGGAUCGUCAUGGAGCUGGCUAAACACGGGGAACUUCGGGCAUUCCUUCAGAACAACAAAGAUCAUAUUGAAUUAAAUCGUCUCAUUAUGUACGCUCAUCAGUUAAGCACUGCUUUGUCUUACCUCGAAAGCAAAAAAUUUGUACACCGUGAUAUUGCAGCUAGAAAUGUUCUUGUCUCAUCCUGGGACUGUGUAAAAUUAGCUGAUUUUGGUUUAUCAAGAGUUCUGCAAGAGGAUUCUUGUUAUUAUAAAGCUUCAAAAGGCAAAUUACCUAUUAAGUGGAUGGCUCCUGAAUCAAUAAACUUUCGCCGAUUCACCGUAGCAUCAGAUGUUUGGAUGUUUGGUGUUUGUGUUUGGGAAAUUCUCAUGCUAGGUAUUAAACCCUUUCAAGGUGUCAAAAACAGUGAAGUGAUCCAUAAAAUUGAAAAUGGAGAGCGACUACCAUUACCACCAUAUUGUCCACCUCGUCUUUACAGCUUGAUGUGUCAAUGUUGGUCUUAUGGUCCCUCAAAACGACCAACAUUCCGCGAAAUUCGACAGGUUCUACUUGAAAUACUAGAGGAAGAAAAAUCUCAGUCAUCAUCUGAACCAUUUUCAAAUUUUCAUAGAAAAGAGUUAAACAAUAACUGGGGAGAAAGAGAUCAACCAGCUAGCCUUUCUUCAUCAUAUUAUUGUCCUAGUGUUGAACCGCCUCGGACACCAAUGAAAAAAACGAUUAGCCACUCAGACAGAAUCAGCUCGAAUCCAGGAACUCCUACUCUGGCUCCAUCAACUUAUAUCGUGGCAACGAGUCCGGAAGUGUUAGCUAGGUUAAUGAACGAAAAUGAAAAUAGUAUUCCUCCUGCUUGGGCAUAUACCGCACCGGCAUCGCCUUCUAACACUUAUGCUAUUGAAUCAGCGGAUCUAGAGGUACAGGAAUCGACUAAGGUCAAACGCGAACAACUUGAAACUAAAUUAAAACAACAGCUUAAAGAGUCUGAGGAAGAUUCGUUGUGGCUUCAACAAGAGGAACGUGAAAUGUUUGCAGCUAUCAACCAACGACAUUCAUGUAGUGAUUUAAGUAAUAAAAGUGCAGGUUUUGAGCCGUUAUCACCCACGAGUAGCAUUGGCUCGUUUCACUCAUGUGAUCUUUCAAAUCCUGAUUAUAGUCUCCCUUUAACUCAUAAUAGAAAGAAAAUGGAAGCCACUUCUGCUUCAUCUCUCGGGACCAGCCCAUCACCAAGCGUAGGUUCAGUAUCAUUGCCUCAACCCACAGCAGAACUGGACCGAAGCGAAGAUCUAGUCUACAGGUUUACCACCAAUGUGGUUUACUCUGUUCGCAAUUUAUUUCAAGGUGUUCAGGAGAGUAAAGUUGACAGUUACACUGAUCUCGUUAAAGCUGUAGGUCAAGAGCUUCGAGGCUUACUUGCCUCAGUUGAUGAUUUAAUUAUCAAUCUUCCACUCUGGUCUCACCGGGAAAUCGAAAUGGCACAUAAAGUUCUAUCCAAAGAUAUGGGAGCGUUGAUUCAGGCAAUGAAAAAUGCUCAAAAGUAUAGUCGGACAACUGUUGAACGAGAAUACAGACGAGUUAUGUUGCAGGCAGCUCAUGAUUUAGUUGUGGAUGCCAAAAAUCUUCUAGAUACUGUUGAUUCAGUCCGAUUACGUAUUUCAUUGGGCUCGUCUGGUGGUGAAUCCUUUACAUUAAACUCACGAUCCCAAAAUAUUGUCAAUCCCUCCCCUCAAAAUACAAUUGAAAGGAGGUCGUCUUUGAGAAAAGACGAUCUUCGCAUAAACCAUGCUAACAACUUCAAGAUGAAUUAAAAUAUGCAUUAAAGACACUGAAAGUGAUAAGAUAUUUCAGUUUAAA